AUGAAUGAAAAAAUUCUUGGCCUCCAAGAACCAGUUCUGAGCGAGUACGUUGAAAAUCUUCUUCCAGUAUUUGAGCAGAGGAAACAGGAGCUGAUCAUUCUGGUCACAAACAUGCCGCAGAAGCAUUCAUUUGCAAACCACAUCUGCGAAGAGCUGCUGCAGAGAUAUACAAAAGAGAGAAUUGUGGAGCUGGAGGUUGAAAUGCUCAAGUAUGCAUCAAAAGACUACUUUCUUAUCACAAAUGCAUGUGUGUAUCUAGAGAGGCGGUGGAACACCGCGCUUAUCCAAAAAAUUCUAAAAGAAGCUGCAGGCGACGAAGAGCGCUAUAAUAUUCUUCUUUCCCUCACAACAGAGCCAUCAGAGGAAGACGUAUGUAACGACUUCACAGUUGACGUGCAGAUAACUCUGCCAGAGGGCUUUGAAAAGCUGAAGGAGAUGUACCUAAUACUCACUGACCUUCGGGCAAGAAACAUAAUACAGUCAGUUCGAGACGCCUUCACUGCAUACAAGAUCAUCAUGGCGUACAACGGAAAUAUAUAUUAUACGCUGGGCGAAAUAAAUGCGCUGAUUGACCUGGAGAGUGUGGCCUUUGGAGAUGCGCUAGGAGGUCUCUUGCUGGGCAUACUGUACAAAAAGGAAGAGAUAACAUAUUUCUCAAAUAUUCUCAUACGUCUUCUGAAAAGAAACAAAAUGCACACCCACUCCUUUAUCCAGCUUCUGCUCACAGCAUACAAUCUGAAAGACGCCAUUUGGGAGAAGCUGCAGGACGUUGUACCGCAUCUGUACAUACGCCUUGGUGCAGACAGAAAGCUAGGAACAUGUCUUUUGUACACGCUAAACUUGCGAAAUGCAGUCUUUCUGUACGAGAUUAUGAAUGGAGAUGUUCCUGAGAUAGAGAUAUUUGACAAGUGUGUGGAGGGAAAGGAGUCCACUCCAGAUGAGUCCGUACGUGCUGCUGUAAGGGAAGUUAUAAGCAUACCGCAUGAAGAGACAUACAGCACGCCGUGUGGAGUAGAGGUUGAUCUAUCAGCUAGCACGGACUGCAAGCCGCCAGUCCGGUACUCUGAGGUUGAAGACAAGAUACAGUUCUGCGCGUUUUUUAUAAAGCACACUGCGCCCACCAUUACACAUCUUAAUAACAUCUCUGUUGAGUACAAAGAUGUAAUUAAAAACAUGACAGAGCAGGAGAUUGCUGUUUUGGUUGGUUGUGCUCUGGCUCAGAAGAACUCGCUUGUCCAUAAAGAGCUUUUAGUUAACAAAAUAUACAGGAUAAGAACAAAUUAG